CCUCGACUCAACCCGAAUUCAUCGAUGAGUCGCACGCACGCAAGGCUUGCCUCCGCCGUCGAGCGCCCGCCCCGCUCUAGGGUUUCCCCCUCCCCCCUCUCCGACAACGACCGCCGCCGCUCCCGAUCCCGGACCCCUCCGCCUCGCUCCCGUAGCCCCGACUACCGCCGCGGCGGCCACCGUUGGUCACCCUACCGCGAUGGCCCGAUCCGGAACGGGAAGCCACCGGGCCGCGGAGACGACGACGACGACGACGAUGAGGAGCUCAAGGGCCUGAGCUACUUCGAGUACCGGCGCCUCAAGCGUCAGCAGCUGCGGAAGAAGCUCAAGAAUUGCAUCUGGAAGGUGACCCCUAGCCCUCCGAGGAGCGAGAGGGAGCAAUUGGAACCGCUCGAUGAGUCUGAUGGCGCCAUAGUCGCGUCUCCUGAGGAGGAGGAGGAAGCUGAGGGCAAAGGGCGAAGGGAUCGGAGUAGGAACUCCGAGACCGACGGUUCGGAUGGGAGCCCUUCCGAUUCAGCUCCAGAUGAUUCCGAAUCCGAAUCGAGGAGCCCUCCUUCGUCGAGGAGGCGAAGAAGGGAGAGGAGGAACAAAAGAGGGAGAAGCAGCCGGAAGAAGAGGUACUCUGAUUCAGAUGACGGAAAAGGCUCUUCCUACGAGGACGAUUCGAGCGAGGAGGCACCAGAGCGCUCGAGCGACCAGAGCGAAGAUGAGGAGGACAGAAAGCGGAGGAGGAGGAAGUCAGGAACGCGGCGGACGAAGUCGAAGAAGAGCGAGAGGAGUAACAGGAGGAAGAGAACGAAGAGCAGGGCAACAAGCUCGGAUGAUAGCGAGGAGGAGUACGAUUCUAGCCCUAUACCCAGGGGAAAGGCCUUACGAAAGAGCAAGAAACGGUCUAAGAAGUCUGACACACCCUCAGAUUCGGAAGCUGAUGACGGGUCUGCUGAUGCCAAGAAGCCCGAGGUUGAUCCUGAGGCUCUCAAGUUUAAGGAGAUGAUCGAAUCACAGAAGAAGCUUGCUCUAGACAAUGAGCCUUUUGUUGGGCCGGCACCUCUCCCACGUGCUGAGGGACAUAUCAGCUAUGGUGGUGCGCUGAGGCCUGGAGAAGGUGAUGCUAUUGCCCAAUAUGUGCAACAAGGGAAGCGUAUUCCAAGGAGAGGAGAGGUCGGGCUGUCCGCAGAGGAGAUACAGAAGUUUGAGGACUUGGGAUAUGUUAUGAGUGGCAGCAGGCAUCAGAGGAUGAAUGCCAUCCGUAUCAGAAAAGAAAACCAGGUUUACAGUGCUGAAGACAAGAGGGCACUCGCUAUGUUCAACUAUGAAGAGAAGGCAAAGAGAGAGCACAAAGUGAUGGCUGAUCUGCAGAGGUUGGUCCACCGCCAUAUCGGCCAGGAUGUGGGCCCAACUCACGACCCAUUUGCACCAAAGACUUCUGAUGCAGCUGAUGAUUGAAUCCAGUAUAAAUGUGUUUUCCUACAAUGAUCUCCAUAGGUGAUCCAUGCUCAAGGCUAAACCUGGUCAAGAUCAUGUAUAAGAUAAUUGAGGAAUGAGUGAUCAUUAAAGGUACGUGACUUUGAAGUAAGCAGACAUCAUAGGCAUUAAGAAUAAUGAUUUUGGUACUCCUAAUGUUUUCUUAAAAGUUUAUGAUCACAGUUGCAUUUACUAGGUUUCAAGCAGAAGUUAUCCAUGACUUUACACAUACAUGUAUGCAGAUCCAUAUGGUGUCAACUUUGUAUAUUCUUUCACCCAUGCAGAUGUCAGCUUUAUUAUUUAUGAUUGUGCAUGGGGAAGUCCCUAUCUGCAGCUGUUGUUACAUUUUCUGUCUGCAUUCUCUAGGAUGGAGGAUAAACCAUGACUGAUGAAUUUCAUGUGAAGUAUUUAUCUUAAUCUCCUAAAUGUUACGAGGAUGGCACCAAUUAUUAAUGACAGUAACUGCACAGUAAGGUUGCAUGUGAUUA